AUCAGCGGAUAGUCUUCAGCAAAAUUCCUACCUCUCUCCGAGCUAAUAAUAGCCCCAACGCGAUUGCGGACAAAAAGCCCAGGGUUCCCCGGCGGAUUCGACUGGUUGAAGGUGAGGAACUGAGAGAAGGCCUGCUGGAACUGUGGAUCGCGAACCGAUGGCGUCCAGUGUGUAGUCGGAACAAUG